ACACAUUCACACCAGUCAACCCCGAUGUAUUAUCUCCAUCAUAUCUCCUAUAUAUAUAUGAUUUUCACAAGUUUUGAGGUUAAGUCCAGGUAAUAUUAAAAAAAGGUCUCCGGCAAAACCCAGCACAAUGUCAUUUGUGUUGCGCCCUUUUCUUUUAUUAAGGAAUUUAAAUAUAAAAAGAUCGCCCGUAAUUAAAGUAAUGAAAGUCACAAAUCCUCAUUUACACACAUCUUCAUGGCUUUCCCAUGGGGAAUAUGAGAUGCAGGACCCUAAGUCCGAGGAUGAAGUGGUAAACGUUAUUUUUAUAGAUAAAUGUGGCAAAAGGAUACCAGUUAGAGGGAAAGUCGGAGACAAUGCUUUAUAUUUAGCUCAUAGAUAUGAAGUCGAAAUGGAAGGAGCCUGCGAAGCUUCUCUCGCUUGCACAACGUGUCAUGUAUACGUUAAUCAUGAUUAUCUAGAUAAACUUCCACCGGCGAAGGAAGAGGAAGACGAUUUACUCGACAUAGCUCCGUUUCUAAAGGAAAAUUCAAGAUUAGGUUGCCAAAUCGUUUUAACGAAGGAAUUAGAUGGCAUCGAAUUGCAAUUGCCACAGGCUACGCGGAAUUUCUAUGUUGAUGGACAUACGCCUACUCCUCACUAGGAAUUGGGUAUACUCACAAAAAGCUUGGAGAUAAAAAAAACUUAAAAAUCCCUGUACAUAAGUGUUAUUAAUUAAUAUUUGUAAAUUCUUUAAAAAAAGUCAAUUUAAGGAUGUUUGCUAUUGUAAAUUAGAUACUAGGCAUAUCUAAAUAAGAAUAUUGGGAAUUAAAAAGAAUAGUCACC